AUGGUUGAAGAACCUAAUAUCAUAUCUAAGCCGGAUGAUGAAAGUGAAGAUGGAAGUGAAGAAGAGAAUGAAAGAAAUAGCGUGGAGAGUGAAAGAGAAAUCGAAGAAGAGAGUGAGCACAGUGAUAUAAGAGGAAGUGAAGAAGAGAAUGAAGGAAAUAGCGAGAAGAGUGAAAGAGAGAGUGAAGAAGUGAGUGAGCAAAGUGAUAUAAGAGGAAGUGAAGAAGAGAAUGAAGGAAAUAGCGAGAAGAAGAAGACGAACAAGUUGAGGGAACAAAAAGAUAAGCUGCAGCAAACUAAAUUGGUAGUAGAAGGCAGUGAGGUACAAGACAAAGAAGAUGAAGAAGAAAAUGAAGAAAAAAUUGAACAGGUAACAGAUGCAGAAGAAGACGAAGAUGAAGUAAAUUUAAAAAUGGAUGGAGACAAAGAUAAAAAGGGAACAAAUGGAGAAGAAGAUGAUGGAAAUUCGAAAAUAGGUUACGACAAAGAUGCAAAGGAAACAGGAAAACAGGGAACAGAUGCAGAAGAAGAAAAUGAAGAAAAUUUGAAAAGAGGGGAAGAAAGUGCGGCGGAGAAGAAUUUAAGACGUAUUAAAAAACUAGAAGGCAAAAUUGAAACUUCGAAGAAAGAAGGAUUUUAUGCACCUCUGGAUUCUUUUCCAAUAAAGGAGUCUCUUAUUUUGAAACUAAAAAAAGAAAAAAAACUACUGCACAAGAAAACGUCCACGAAGGCCAAAGUUGGAGACGGUCUUAAAACUUCAAUCGACGGGAAGGAAUUGCGUCAGAUUAGACGAGCCGUUGCAAAAACAUACAACAUCGAACUAGAAGAUGGUCGGCUUCCCUCUGAUCUCGAAAACGCAAUCGGACAAAAAUUCCACGUUUCAACUGAAUCAAGCAAGGAAUUUUACAAGUUAUAUUGA